AGGCCUUCGCGAUAAUUAUCGUAUUCUCAGGGUUUAGGGGUUUUAGUCUUCGAACGUUUGAGAUAGGCAUGACAAAUCUGUUAUGUAAUUUAAACGAGUAAACUUGUAAAGUGAAUCGCGCGUCUGCCAUUUAGGAAUCUCGAGCAGGCCCAGUUAAAUUUCAGAACUACGGCUGCGUACGCACCUGCGUGAAGAGAAGACCAUUUUCAGCAGGAAAUCAUGUCUACGUUCCUUCUUACAGGCUACUAGGGCUAAUACAACUACUUUGGGACACUAGGCUUGAACCAACAUCACUGAGGAUAUCAUAAGGUCAGAAUGCAGCGAGCUUUACUACGAGUUGGAAGUUCGUCAGUGGUAGCUCGCCGGGGAGCUAAGCGAGCUACUAAGGAGCUUGAAACUAUAAUUAGGGUAGACCAUGCUGGUGAGCUCGGAGCAGACAGGAUCUAUGCUGGGCAGAUGGCAGUUCUUGGAAACACCUCUGUUGGGCCAAAGAUCCAGGAGAUGUGGGAGCAAGAAAAGUUCCACAAAGCGAAAUUCGAAGAAUUGAUAAACAAAUACAGGGUGCGACCGACGGCUUUGAUUCCACUGUGGAAUAUCGCAGGAUUUGCACUCGGAGCAGGCACCGCACUUCUCGGACCCAAAGCAGCCAUGGCUUGUACAGUGGCUGUAGAGUCAGUGAUCGUAGAUCAUUACAAUGACCAGCUCAGAACUCUCAUGGAAGAUCCGAACACAGACAAAGAACUUCUAGAGACCAUUCAGAAGUUCCGGGACGAUGAGCUAGAGCACCACGAUACAGGGCUUGAACAUGGAGCAGAACAAGCACCUUUCUACAAGCUUCUUAGCGACACCAUCAAACUGGGCUGUAAGACGGCCAUUUCUAUUUCUAAAGUUAUAUAAAACUACAAAAGUAUUAGCAUGUUAAACUUCUUACUUAUGCCAUUUGUAUCGUUUAAAUUUUGUAAAUAAAAGCACUUAUUUUCUCACUUUAA